AUCCACGAAUCGAGAAGUUUAAACGAGAAGAAAAGGCAGCCAAGGAAGCCAAAAGAAAAGAAAAGGAAGAAGCAGCAAAGAACGCAAAAGAAGCGGCAAAAAGGGCUGCUGAAGAAGAGAGGAUAAGGAAGGAGCAAGUCGAAGCUGAAGCAAAACAAAAGCAACUAGAGGAAAAGAAGAAGAAAGAUGCCCGGAAGAAGUCUAUCCGAAAUGAACGGAAAAUUGACGAACCGCCUCCCGUAGAUGUUAUUGAUAAGCAAUUAUCAGAAUUAGAUACUUUAUUUGAAAACUUGUCAUUAGAAGAUCUUCAAAAUGUCAGGAAGCAAAUGAACUCUGUUAGUGAUGGACAAUCUGCGAAGAAUGUUUUAAUAAACGAAGUCACAAGGCUGAUAAAUUCUGGUACCUUGGCAUCUGAUUCCAUUGCGCACUUCAAACAAGCAGAUAACAUCGAAAGCCUCACCCAGAAUGUUAUUCCUGUCAAGAAACAAGAUGUCUCUGAUAUUUCGAAGGAGGAGUCCAAGGAGAAACCAUGGGGCGUGGAAGAAAUAUCGUUAUUGAUCAAAGCGGCAAACAAAUUCCCGGGCGGGACCGCAAACAGGUGGGAGAAGAUUGGCGAGUAUGUUGCAGAUCACACAGGACUACCACCAAGAACAAACGAAGAAUUGAUUAAAAAGUCCAAAGAAGUUCAAAGGGGAGCUGGUGCGUUAAACGAGGAGGAUGUGCGUAAGCUGCAACAUUCAAAAAAGCAUGCCGACACGCGUAUUAGCGAACACCCUUCUAUGCGAGAAGCCACCAUAAAUUAUGACGACCCAUUUCACGUGCAAAAUUGUUCACACGAAUCACCUAAACCUGAGGAAACUGAGGAAAAACCUAAUUCCUCGUCAAAGCCAAUAACAAAUGCAAAGAGUUCCGACGAUUCAAUAAAAACAAAUGAGGUAACUCUUCCCAACGGAUCUGCAUCGACAGCCGCUUCAAACGCGGCAUCAAGCAUCACACCGACAGUUCAGUCGACAAAUGUAUGGACCGCAGCUCAACAAGCACAAUUAGAACGAGCUUUACAAACGUAUCCACCUUCAUGGAAGGGUGAUGGCGAUAGGUGGGAUAAAAUAGCGGCGGCCGUUGAGGUUAUCAUUGACGUGGAUGAACUUGCUGAAAUUUCAUAA